GCAAAGCCGCCAUAACCAAACUCUGAAAUCCUUCGAUCAACAAUAUCACUAUUGCAGAAUGCUUUCUUUCAAUGCGUGAAGAUUUUUAUCAACGCCGUGCAUAUUAGCAAUUACUCCAUUUUUCACGUGUAGUGAGUUCAUCAGACAUCAAUGUCAUCUUUUGCUCGCCUUCUUCAGGUUUUUGGUGACGCUCGGUGCGUUCCGAAAGGCAGGGCAGUCCAUGCUAAGAUUAUUACAUCUGGGUUCCGCCCUGAUAUUUCUAUAAACAACUAUUUGCUGUCGAUGUAUGUCAAAUUCAAUCGUUCUAAUGACGCAUGUAAGGUGUUUGAUAGUAUGCCCGAACGAGAUGUUGUUUCGUGGAGCUCCUUGAUUUCUGGAUAUUCUCAGAUGGGCAUACCAGAAAAGGCUCUAUAUUGCUUUAAGUCCAUGGUGCACGAUGGUUCUGAGCCGAACUGUAUUACUUAUGUCAGUGUGCUAUCUGCCUGUGCCAGUCUUGGUGAUGCUAGAGCUGGGAAGUCUAUUCAUGGAAGGAUUUAUAGGAGCGGGGUGGAGUUCAGUGUUCCCCUUAGUAACAGUUUGGUGAAUGUGUAUGGGAAAUCUGGUCUAUUAAAAGCUGCUAGAUUAGUGUUUGAUGCCAUAGAGGGGCCAAAUUCAAUCUCUUGGACUUCACUUCUUUCUUGUUAUUGUCAGCAUGGGGAAAACUUGGAGGGUCUGAAGAUUUUUUUGCUGUCAAGGAGGACUGGGGGGAGAGUUAAUGAGUUUUCUUGCUCGAGUGCAUUGGCUGCUUGUGCCGCACUGGAAAAUUUGAAGGUUGGGAUGCAAAUGCAUUCCCUGGUGCUCAAGUGUGGACUUCAAUUUGAUAAAUUUGUUGAGUCAGGGUUGAUAAAUCUUUAUUCAAAGUGUGGAGAGUUAGAUUUGGCUGGUCGGGCAUUUUUAGAGGCAGGUUGGGCAAAUCCAGCUUCUUGGACAGCAUUAAUGGGAGGAUAUGUUCAACAAGGAAGGGGAAUAGAAGCAAUUAAUCUCUUUCUUAUAAUGCACUCUUCAGGUUUCAAUUUAAGCGAAAAAACAUUAUCUUCUGUGCUUGGAGCCUUUGCCAAUGCAGAAGUCAUUGAAGGAGGGAAGCAACUGCACUCCUUGAUCAUUAAAAUGGGAUUCAGUACAUUUACAUUUGUUGGAAAUGCAAUAAUAGAUUUAUACUCUAAAUGCGGGCUUCUAGAGGAAUCACUGAGGACUUUCCAAGAAAUGGAUGGGCAAGAUGUUGUCUCGUGGAAUUCUCUGAUCACUGGCCAUGCUGGAUCAGGUCAUCAUGGAGAAGCAAUUGAGCUUCUGAGAGACAUGUUAUUUAAAGGAUACAAACCCAACCUUCACACAUAUUCUAUCAUUUUGAGUGUUUGUGCUGAUAUCCCAGCUAUUAAAUGGGGCAAGGAGACACACUGCUGUAUCAUAAAACCUGCAUUUCACUCUAAUGUUGUUGUUGGGACUGCCCUUAUAGACAUGUAUGCAAAGUGUGGAAUGUUGAAUGAAGCGCGGAAAGUUUUUGAUAGUCUAACUUCGAAGAACUUGAUCUCUUGGAAUACCAUGAUUGUAGGAUAUGCUCAACAUGGAUAUGGGAGGGAAGCUCUAGAGGUCUAUCACAUGAUGCUGAGAAAUCAUGUCAAACCGAAUGACAGUACAUUUAUUGGGGUAUUAUCUGCCUGUGCACAUGUUGGUCUUGUAGAGGAGGGAUCGCAGUACUACAAUUCCAUGAUCACAGACCAUGGUAUUGUCCCAAGGAUGGAACAUCUAGCCUCUAUGGUCAACCUUUUUGCUCGUAAAGGACAAACAAAUAGAGCCUAUGAGUUCAUUAGGAGUUAUUCGAUUGAGCCAAGUAAGGUGGUCUGGCGAUGUCUCCUGUCAGGCUGUAAAAUCCACAAGGACUUGGUCUUAGGUAGGUAUGCUGCUGAGAAAAUUUUGAGUAUUGAUCCAGAAGAUUCUUCAGCUCUUAUUAUGUUAUCAAAUGUAUAUGCAGAGGCCAAAAUGUGGACUGAAACAGCACAAGUGAGAAAAAUUUUGAAAAGCAAGACAAUGAAGAAAGAUAUAGGAUAUAGUUGGAUAGAAUUGAAUAACAAGAUGUAUUUCAUUUCUGCACACCAUUCCAUGCAGUUCGAAGGGAUAGAUCUUUGUGAAAAUUUGAAUCACUUGAGUCUUCAGCUGUUUGAUGCAGGGUACAUGCCUGAUGCCAUGUUCUUGUUUCACACUGAAGAGUGAAAUGGAGAAAUGGUUUCUGGUACAGCAUUUCAGUCCACAACUCUGUGAAAUUUUUUAUACAGUGACACAUAUUUGAAUGAGAUGGAAUUAGAUACUGAAGAUGUAAAGCUGAAUUUUUCAUUGAUGUACCCAAAAACAUUGACAGGCCAAUGAAGUCAUAAAAGCACA